AAUCGUGUUCAUUUGUAUAAACAAAAAUAUAACAUGAUGCGUAAAAAAAAUCUAAUACAAAAUAAAGAUUUAAAUAAAACAAAAGUAGAGUCACUUGAAAAUCGCAAUGCCAAAGUAACAGUGCAAUAUAUUCAAGAACAACAACAACUAAUACAGAAAUCGGACAAUAACAAUCAUCCCAUUAUGCAUGCUUGUGCACAGGACGAUCUGGAAAUUGAAAAUGUAGAAUAUUUAGAAGAAAAUCCCAACGAAGUGGAGUAUAUUGAAGAGCCAAUCGAAAAAGACGAACUUGUGGAUAAUUUCUAUCCCAAUGCGAUACACUGUCUAUUAGAUUUGUAUAAGAUCAAAUACGAAAAUCUGAAUGUGGAAGAUGGAUCAUUUAAGGUGUUCCAGAUAUGGCGUGACAUAGCUAAGGAUAUGCAAGAAAGUUUUUUUGAAUUUAACGAAUGUCAGAUACAGCACAAAUAUGCCCAGUUAAGGGAGCAAUAUUUUGAUGUACAAACUAAAGAGGAUAUUGAUAAUUUUGAUUAUUUCGAGCAGUUGCAUGACAUAUAUAAGGAUAAAAGUAAAGAGAAUAUUGUUAAAGAUUUAAAGGGGUCUAAAGAUAGUAGUGUAUAUUAUAAAGAUGAAAUCUUGUUGCAGCCGGAACAUUUGGAGAUCAAUGAAGACCACUUGCAUGAUUUUAAAAGUGAAGAAAUUGUUCAUAAAGAACAUGAAUUUAUUGAUAUGGUAGAGAAAGAGUUGCAAGCCAUGGGUGAUGGUUUACAAAUAGAAGACAACAAAGAAACUGCUACUACUAAUGAUGAGGAAAUGGCCAAAAAAGAUGUUAAAGAACCCAUGCUUUCCAAUGAACCUAUAAUUUCCAACGAUGAGCAGAUUUUAAUAGAACAACCACCAAAUAAGAAAAGACUACACUCGCUUACAGAAACUUGCGACGAAGAGCCACCACAAAGAAAGCAAAAAUUAAAUGAGUUCUUUGAAACCAAUAAAAUAAAACAAGAGCUUCCGCCACUUUCCACAACUCAAGCUAACAAUGAUUUUACUUUAUACCAUUACAAUCAACAGCAAGAAAGAAGACAUAGCGAAAAAAUGUCUUUGCUAGAGAAAAGUUUACAAAUUCAAGAACGUGCUCUCGAGCAGCAACACCAAUUGCUGCAGGAACUAAUAAAACGUUUGCCCUCAUAAGUUGA